ACAAGGGUUCCAAUUAAUCCCAACUGUUUCUUGAUCAAAACCCCAAAAUAGAAAUGAAGAAAAGUGGUAGCUUUAAUUAUGAAGAAGAUGCAGAAGAAGAUUAUCUGACCAAACAAAACCCUAGUUUUCAUGAGAUUGAACAAGUAGAUGAUGAUGAUGAUGAUGAUGAUAGUACUGAAGAUGAUGAUGUGGAGGAGGAUGAAUCAGAAGAGGUUGAUCACGAUUCAAGUGGUGGUCACAGACCCAAAAAUGGAUCAACCUCAAGCAUUACAGUUGAGGAGAUCAGUGAUAAGAAGGCUAGCAGCCUAGUUACUGGAUCUGUUCGACCAUAUGUUCGCUCCAAGAACCCAAGGCUCAGAUGGACACCUGAUCUCCAUCUACGAUUUGUUCAUGCUAUUGAACGAUUGGGAGGUCAAGAAAGAGCAACACCUAAAUUAGUUCUCCAACUUAUGAAUAUUAAAGGCCUUAGCAUCUCUCAUGUCAAGAGCCAUCUUCAGAUGUACAGGAGCAAGAAGAUCGAUGAUGGUUCAAAUCAAGAACAAGGGAUUCUUAAUGAGGGUGAUGAUCUCCAUAUCUACCACCUUAGCAAACUACCAAUGCUCCAAAGCUAUAAUCAAAGAUCACUUUCCAAUUUUAGAUGUCAAGAUGGUUUAUGGAGUCCGCAAACGAACCUAAACUAUAAUCCUUUCAUGAACGGAUUAAGACACGGAGUUUUUGGUUCAAUGGCGGAGAGGAUGCUAGCAAGGAACAACAUCAGGAAUGGUCAUUCGAGUUUCAAUCAUGAUCAAGCGAGUUGGAGAAGAUUACAAAGCAAUAACAUCGAAUUGGGGUUGUUCAAGAAUCUUGAAAGAUUAUCAAUGCCUAAUCAAAUUCGAAGAAAUACGACUCAGAUGGACAUGAAUACGAUCCCUAAAGAUCAAGAGCAUGAAGAGAAAAGGGUACUUAAAAGAAAGGAGAUUGAUCAAGAAUCGGAGCAUCUUGACUUGAAUCUUUCGUUAAAAAUCAAGCUCCCGAAAGAGGAUCAUAUGAUCAGUAGGAAAAGAAACGAAGAAUUCGAUGAAAACAGUUUGUCAUUAUCAUUAAAUUGUAUUUCAAAUUCUAGCAGAGUUACAAGAUCAAAGCAUGCAAAAACAAUGGGCAGCAGCAGUAGUACUGCAUCUCUUGAUCUGACUUUGUGAAAGAGACAAAGAUUAAGUGAGAUACUUUUGUACCCA